AUGUUCAUCCCUCCACAACCCCGCCAAUUCUACACCAACAAAAUCAUCAACAAUCUCACCGAAUACGACAAUUUCGCCUAUUCCUUUGAUUAUAUCACAAUAAUCACCGUAAUCACCAUCAUCUACAGUAUCCCAAGCCUUUUGGUGACCUUGAAAAUGUGCCAAGUGGCCCGGGCUUUUCCAGGCCCCAAAAUCCGGGCUCACGGCCUUCAUCCAAUGGUGCUCCGGCUCUUUUUACUGAUGCAAAUCUCGAAUUUCGGCUAUUUUUUCAGCGAUUUUCUGCUGAUCCGGCUUCCCUCAACUACAGUAAUCACGGGAAGUUGCGGGAAGUUGGGAAAUCUGGAAUUCCUAAUGGGCGCCCAAUUCCUGACCUACUAUCUAUCCACGUUUGCCACGUUGAUCUUCUGCCUGGCGCGAUUUUUCAUCGUUUUCUCGCCGCGAAAUCACGAUUUUUGGCUGGAUGCGGUGAUAUGGCGGGGUACUGUACCGGCGGCAUGCGUUGCGGCUGGCGUCGCGGCUUUUUGGGUGACGAUUGGCGGCGAGGGAAUUUGUGUGCAAUUGGAUGAACCCUAUCAAUUUGGAGCCAUUGUUAUUAAUUGCACCAAGGUCUAUAAGAAUGUAGGUUACUGUAGGGAAAAUCUGGGGGUUACUGUAGAUUUUUUGGCGGGAAAAAUGUGAUUUUUUUGAUACCAAAUAAGCCUUGUGGGUUACUGUAGAUUUUUUUUGCAAAAUUUGAUCUACGAAUUUUUUUUCAAAAUUCCAAAAGGGCUGAUUCACGAACGAAAAAAAUGUUUUUUUAACAUCGAAAGAUCAAUUCACGAAAAGUCAAAAAAUGUCGAAAAAACAUUGUAGGUCAAAAUUAGUUUUUCUAGCUUUUCAGCCAAAAAAUGAUGACCAAUCGAUAUUUUUCAAGCUUCUGGAGUAAUUUCUGAUGAAAAUAAGCUUCGAGAACCCUAUUUUGCUUUAUUUUAUGAAUUUUUUCGAAAUUCAUCAAAAUUUAAAAUUUUUUUAUUUUACGAAAAAUCAGCAAACCCUUCUGGAAAGUGAAUUCCAAGGUCAAUUUUCAUCAGAAAUUACUCCAGAAGCUUGAAAAAUAUCGAUUGGUCAUCAUUUUUUGGCUGAAAAGCUAGAAAAACUAAUUUUGACCUACAAUGUUUUUUCGACAUUUUUUGACUUUUCGUAAAUUGAUCUUUCGAUGUUAAAAAAACAUUUUUUAACAUUUUUUUCGUUCGUGAAUCAGCCCUAAAAUUCCAGAAUCGAAAACUACAGUACCCCGCCGGGAUUACUGUAGAUCAAAUUUUAGCUCGAAAGGGUGAUCUACAGUAACCAUCCAUUAACUUUUUUUCAAAAACUACAGUACCCCGCCGGGAUUACUGUAGAGCAAAUUUUUGCUCGAAAAAGUGUGAUCUACAGUAACCCAGGAGUUUUCUGGAUCCAAAUUUUGAUCUUUUUUCAAAAUUCCAAAAUUCCAAAACUACAGUACCCCAUGGAUUACUGUAGAUCAAAUUUCGGUGCCAAAAAAGAUGAUCUACAGUACCCCCGGGAUUACUGUAGAUCAAAUUUUAGCUCGAAAAAAUGAUCUACAGUAACCCAUGGAUUUUUUAACGCAAAAUUUCGAUUUUUUUCAAAAUUCCAAAAUUCCAAAACUACAGUACCCCGCCUGGAUUACUGUAGAUCAUCAAAAUUUCCAGAAUUUCACCACCAUUGCUCAUAUCUACAGUACCCCCUGGAUUACUGUAGAUCAACAUUUUUGCUCGAAAAAGUGAUCUACAGUAACCCAUAGAUUUUCUGGUGCAAAAUUUCGAUUUUUUUUUCAAAAUUCCAAAAAUUCCAAAACUACAGUACCCCCCGGGAUUACUGUAGAUCAAAUUUUUGCUCGAAAAAAUGAUCUACAGUAACCCAUAGAUUUUUUAACGCAAAAUUUCGAUUUUUUUCAAAAUUCCUGAAUUCCAAAACUACAGUACCCCGCCUAGAUUACUGUAGAUCAUCAAAAUUCCAGAAUUUCACCACCAUUGCUCAUAUUAGCGUCUCAACUUUCGCCAUAUUCCUAAUAGUUGCGCUGAGCACAUAUAUGCUCCUGAAGUUGCGCGGCGGCUCCAAACUGGCCGCGGCUCAUUCCGCGUCGGAUCGAAGCGUGCGGAGGCGGAAGGCGGAAAAAGUGCUGACAGUGACCAUGGUGCUGAUUUGUGUUCCCCUGGUUUUAUCGCUUUCAAUGCGGGUAAGCUUAAGCCACGCCCACAAAACCAUGCCGCAUGCAAAAAUCGGCGAUUUUUGACACCAAACACGGUGCGGCACAGUUUUGUGGGCGGGGCUUAAACUAUACUGUAUUUAGGAUCAAGAAUUCGCACAUUGCUCAUACUAAGCAUAAGCCACGCCCACAAAACCAUGCCGCAUGCAAAAAAUCGGCGAUUUUUGAAACCAAACACGGUGCCGCACAGUUUUGUGGGCGUGGCUUAAACUAUACUGUAUUUGGUGUCGAAAAAUCGCGAUUUUUCGCACAUUGCUCAUACUAAGCCUAAGCCACGCCCACAAAACCAUGCCGCAGCUCAAAAAUCCCCCAUUUUCGAUACCAAACACGGUGCCGCACAGUUUUGUGGGCGUGGCCUCAAAAUACCCCAUGUUCGGGCUCAAAAUGCUCCAAAUUCCACGUGGCAUUCGAAUUUUGCAGGCUCUCGACAUUCUACGCUCACCGUACUAUGCCUACGUCAUGAUUGCGCGGCCCCUUUUCGUCGACACGCGUGUCAAUUUGGUCUCCUGGUUUUUCUAUCUAACACAUCCGAUUUUCAAAAAUGCUGCGAUUACAGUAACCAGCGUCAAAUCAACUACAACUUGA